AUGCCUUCUCCCGCCCCGGCCGGCACCGGCCCGCGCCCCUGCCGGCUCCUCCGCCUGCGGCCUCCCAUAGGGGCCCGGCCUCCCGCUCGCAGACGGCUCCACAACGCGCAUCUGCGCGCCCAUGUUGCUGCGGCCCCCCGCUCCUGCGCCGCGCCCCGUCUCCUCAAGCUGGCCGCGGCUCCAGGCCGGCUCCCGCGCCGUGCGAUGAGCGGCUCGCGGCGUCUCCUCCGGCCGGUGGUGGCUCUCGGCCGGCUCCCGCGCCAUGCGCCUCACGCAUCUGCUUUCGGCCGGCCCACCUCCCCGCUCCAUGCCGCGCGCAUCCUCACGCGCCGGCUUCUGCCCGCACCCGGCCGGCCCGCGCCUCAGUCUCCACCGCACCGCCUGCACCUGGACGGCUGCUCCGCCUCCGCGCCGGGCUGCCCGCCUCCCACGCGCUCGCUGUCUCAGGCGUGCCGACCGCCUCUUGGCUUCGACUCAUCCCCUUCUCGGUAUCCAGAUCCUCCCUCGGCGGACCGGGAGGACAUACACACCGUCAUCGAGAAUGUUGCCAAGGAUGCUGCGGCGGAGGCUGAGAAGAUCGCCACCGAGGAGGCCGCCAAGGGUGCCGCUGAGGACACCGCCAAGGGGUCCGCCCGGCAGUCCGGCAAGGCUGCUGCCGAGGAGGCGGAGGCGGACCUCGAGAAGCACAUCGCCGAGGCGCAGGCUUGGUUCUGCCAGGUCCACAAGGACCUGAAGGCCGCCGAGGACGUGCUGGCUGAGCGCGACCUGGCGCUCGUCAUGAAGCAGGCCGACAUCGAGAAGGCCCAAGAACUGGCGAAGCAGGAGGCCGCUCGGCACCAGCAGCAGGUUGCGCUAAACUCCCAGGAGGAGGACCUUGCCGCGCGCGAGGGGAGGCUCGCCGCAACGCUCCAUGGCAAGGACGAGGAGCUGAAGCUGGAGGGUCUUGAUAAGAUGCUUUCGGAGGCCAAGGCCUAG